UCUACAGAGAGAAGAAAAGCAUUCAGAGAAGUUCUUUCCAAGUUAAAAUUACAGAAGUAUGAAAGCAGAAAGCUCAGGAUGAAUGAUGUCCUGGAAAUCAACUCAGGAAGUUUAAAGGACUGGACUCCUCGAAAAUUAAGAGAUUUACCAUGGCAUUUCCUGAGGAAGGUCAUGGCUUUGAAUGUGACAGCCAGAAGCACAAGCUUUAGGUGUGGGGCACCUCAUGAUCAAGGAACCAGGGUGGAUGAGGAGGAACAAGGUAUCGAUGAACAAAUUUUCUUUUUUAGUGACUCUGACACUAAAGUCUCUGUGAAUCCACUUGAUCUUCUCUGUGCCGUUCUGCUUUGUUCGGACAGUUUCCUACAGCAGGAGAUCCUGUCCAAAAUGUCCAUGUGCCAGUUUGCCCUCCCUCUGCUGUUACCUUCUCUCGACACCCCCAAGUGCACCCUAAUGCUGUGGGCCAUGAGGGACAUUGUGAGGAAGUGGAGGCCGCACUCCCUGGCAGAGAGCAGAGGGUUCAGAGAGGAGAGCCUGGUGCUCACAGCAAUGCCAACCAUUUCCUUUGUGCGGAUGGGGAGCUGCAGCUUCUCCAAGUCCAAACUCCUCAAUGAGGUUCUCAGCCCCUCCCAGCAGCACCAUGAUUUCUUUAUCCAUCAGGAUUUGUCAUCUGGGAACGUCCCUCGUGAAAUCGCAGAUGGGUUGAUAGAAAUUUCCUGGUUUUUCCCUGGUGGGAGGAAGAAUUUGGAUCUUUUCUCAGAACCUGUGGCAGUUACAAAUCUACGUGGAGACAUUGAAUCGCACUGGCUGCAGUUUAGCUUUUUAACAGAGGUCUCCUCAGCUGUGUUCAUAUUUGCUGAAAACAUCACUGAAAGGGAGUACACUCUAUUAUCAUCUUUGAAAGAAUCCACAACUAAAUACUACUUCAUUCUCAACCGCCAGGCUGGGAAAUCCAGUGCAACUCUGGCAUUCCUUAACAAAUUAGCCCCUGUGCUGAAACUGAAAAAUUCACAUAUGCUGAUGAAAGAUAGCAGCACAAAUAAAGCAAAAUUUGUGGAAAAGCUGCAGUCCACCAUACAAAGCAUAAUGAACUCUUCUCCCAAGAGGACAGGUAUAGAAGAUAUGGCUGUGAUAGCGCGUGAACUAGGAAUCCAAAUAGAUGAAGACCGUGUGGAAUGUCAGACUGCGAGCAACUGCGUUAAAGAAAUCACCACAGAAAUAAAGGAUGUGGCAUAUUACAAACAAGAAAUGCUGAGGCUCCAAGGGGACUUAUGGAAAAGCCUGGCUAAAGUGGAAAAAGAAAUGUGCCGAAUGAGAAGGCAGGGGGAUAUCCCUGCUGAGAAAUAUAAAUCUCAGCUGAAAGAUAAAAUGUUGGAAUUACGUAACCAACAGAAUAAAUGUGACCUUACUGAUGGUUUGACUCAAUUCAUUGAUGCAAUACAACAUCUACUUCCAUUAGAAAAACAUUAUUUCCUGAAAUGGAUGAAAUUUCAGCUGGAUCACAUUGCUAGGGGGAAUCUUUCUAAACUACGGGCUGAAUACAAAGAGAAAUGCAAGUCUUUAGGAGAUGACCCCAAACGGCUGGCAGAACUAGAUAAAUUAAUAUCUUCCACGUCUUUAGGGGUUGAGCAUUUCAUGCGUGAGUUGGGGCAGUUUUAUGAGGCUGAACACUCAAUGGUUAAAGAAGGCAAAAUUCUAAAAAGUAGAAGACAAUUCAGCCAUCUCCCAGGCAUAGCAGCUGACCUGAUGCUGGAAGGGUUUCCUAUUGAGCUGAUUGAUGGAGAUGCAUCCAACAUCCCACUGCAGUGGGUAACAGAUGUUCUGACCCAGCUCCAUGCCAAGCUCAGGGGAAGGUCCAAAAUGCUGGUUCUAACAGUGCUGGGAGUGCAGAGCACUGGGAAAUCCACCCUCCUCAACACCAUGUUCGGCCUGCAGUUUUCAGUGAGCAGUGGCCGAUGUACACGAGGAGCCUUCAUGUUGCUCAUUCAAGUUACAGAGAUCUUAAAAAAGGAACUGGGCUGUGAUUUCAUCUUGGUGAUAGACACAGAAGGCUUGAAAGCCCCUGAAUUGGCCAAGCUGGAGGACAGUUAUCAACAUGACAAUGAGCUGGCCACACUGGUGAUAGGACUGAGUGACAUAACCAUUGUUAACAUGGCCAUGGAGAAUGCCACCGAAAUGAAGGAUAUUCUGCAAAUUGUGGUCCAUGCCUUUCUGAGAAUGGAAAAAAUAGGGCAUAAGCCAAACUGCCAGUUUGUGCAUCAGAACGUCAGUGAUGUGUCUGCACAUGAACAAAACAUGAGGGACAGGAAACACCUCCUGGAGCAGCUGAAUGAAAUGAUCAAAGCUGCAGCAAAGAUGGAAAAAUUAAACAAGGAAAUAAAAUUUUCUGAUAUCAUGGAGUAUGAUCUGGAAAAACACAAUUGGUACAUCCCUGGGCUGUGGCAUGGAGUCCCUCCCAUGGCUCCGGUGAAUAUGGGAUACAGUGAAAAAGUGUAUGAGUUAAAGAGGUAUCUGUUUGAAUUCAUAAAGAACCGUUCACUUAAAAGAACCCCCAAGGACAUUCCACAGUUUAUUGAAUGGGUCAAGAGUCUGUGGAAUGCUGUCAAACAUGAGAACUUCAUCUUCAGCUUUAGAAACAGCCUCAUAGCUGAAGCCUAUAACCAGCUGUCUGUGAAAUAUUCUGAGUGGGAAUGGGAUUUCCGCAAGGAAAUGCACCUCUGGAUAACUGAAAAAGAAACUGCCAUUCAGAAUCUUUCUCCUGAUGAACUAGAAGCUGAUAAGUCACAAUAUGAAAUGCAACAGAAACUACUGUGUGGAGAACAGAGAAUUCUGGAGCUUUUAAAACAAUAUUUUGAAAGCGGGGCAGCAAAUCUGCAUCUGAUAGAAAAGUACAGGGAAGAUUUUAUCAGAAGUGCAAAGAGCCUGAAAACUGAGCUGGAAAGUUAUUCAUUUAAGAAAUGUAAGGAAGCCAUUCACAUUAAAAAAGGCCAGCACAAGAUAGCCAAUAUCCAGGCUGAGUACAUGAAAGUAAUUGAAGGGAAAGUGGACACGCUUUUAGACCAAUGCAGGAGAAAAGAAAGUAAGUUGGAAAAUAAAGAAUUGGAAAUGGAAUUUGAAAAAAUGUGGAAAGAAACAUUUUCAGAAUUAUCGCCCAUUUGUUUACAGAAACAUGAAAUUCAUGAAGAUAUAGAGUUCCAUCUGAGAAAAGACCUGGAUAACAGAGGGAGUUCUGUCAAUCAGAAGAUACAAGAAGCAGGAAGCUUGAUGAAUUAUAGAAUUAAGUCUUUCACAAUGAGAACUGAAUAUUUAGACUUUUCAUUUACCUCAGCUGUGAAACAUUGGUUUACAAAAAAACGGUCACAGAAAAUAGAAAAACUUGCUGAAUCCUUGAUGGCCCAAUGUAAUAGUUACAUUGAAGAGAGAGUCUAUUCCAAGGCAGACUAUGAUGAAACCUAUUGCAGAGAAUUGUUGCAUUUGAUCAAUGAGAAACUUCAACAGGAGGAAGUGAAAAAACUGCAGACUUCUGUUUGCUUUGAAGUUGAUCUGAAACUUCACAUUUUGGGGGAAGCCGCUCAUGCAUUUCAGAAGAUGCAUGAAGAUUUUCUCAAGGAAAAUGAUCCUCAGCAACGACUGGAGAAGCUGAAACCUCAGUAUUUCUCUACAUUUCGAGACCAUUACUUGGAAAAAGAUGCCCGACAAAAUAGAGCCAAGGAGUUCUGUGAUCAGUGUCUCAAACCUGCCUUAAUGGAUUAUGUUAGCAAAAGACUCGGACUGGAAAUAGUGGAUGACAUUCUCAGCAGCGGACAGUCUAUUGAAUAUGCCAGCCGGAGCUUUUUCCAGUUCACUGUGCAGAAGAAGCUGUUAGAAGAUGGGAACUUCAACAACUAUGUGAAAUACAUUCUCAACUAUGAAAAGUUUGUCAAAGCUUGGAUAUGGAGGCACAUGUUAGAUUACUACAGAGAGGCUGAGGAUUUGGAAGAUCUGGAGGAAGAAAUUCUAUCCACGAUAAUAAAGAAAGUCAGGGAUGCCCUGGAGAAAGCCAAAGAUGAAAGUGUUACGACAGUCUCAGCUUUUCUAAACAACUUUUGUAAAGUGCUGCAGAAGGACCUAGUCAUUUCCAAGGAUAGCUUGGUGGGGAUACAGUUUAAAAACACAGCAGAUCCAGAUCAAUUUUCUACUUUUAUUCAAACCUUCCUUCCUGAUCUUCAGAAACAAAUACUAGCUGAAUUGAAAGAUUUGGAAAUUAAAUCAAAGCUCUUCCAUCUGCCACUGAAGCCCCAGGAUGAAAUCUUCAAGCGAGUGUUUGGCUGUGGGAAGCAGUGUCCGUUCUGUAAAGUCCCCUGCGAAGCAGGAGGAGGGGAUCAUAAGGAGCAUUUUGCAUCAGUACAUCGUCCUCAAGGGCUAGGAAGAUACCAAAAUCUGGUAACAGAAAAGCUUACCUAUUCUCUAUGUUCUUCUGAUGUGGUUUCCAACACUGAAUUUAGAAAUUCAGACACAGAUUGGAAGGAUCAUCCUUAUAAAGAUUAUCGUCAAUAUUACCCGCAUUGGCGCAUUCAGCCAGAUCCUAGCAUUACUGCUUCUGAUUACUGGAAAUUUGUUUUUAAGGAGUUCAAUCAACAGUUUGCUAAGGAGUAUGGUGCUAAACCAGCCAAUCUCCCAGCAGACUGGCAAAAAAUAACCAAAGAACAGGCUCUGGAGAGCCUAAAGGAAGCAUUUACUAUGAAAUAAACAUGCAGACAAUCCACUUAAAUGGGAUAUACAUGUGAUCAGACAGGAAAAUGAACAUUCUUCUGAUUUAAAAACAGACAUGAAAAAAAUCCAACUUCAAACAAAUAUGUAAUUUCAUCUAUGAAGCUAUCAGGCACCGUUCAUAACUUCAGAAUGAAAAUCUUUUUUUUUUAAUUGUAAGAGAAUCAAGUCUUAGGCUUUUGAAUGCUCAAACCACAGAUACAUUUCACCAGAGCCAAGGUGACAUCCAAUAACCAAUUAAUUCACUCCCAAAACAGAUCAACUCUCCUACUAAUUCAAGUAUCCAUACCCUGACCCAGGCAGCUAAACUCAAAGGGUAGGAUACACCAUACCAUGAAAUCGUAUUUUGCCCAACAAACUCUGUUUUAUUAGAAAAGCUGGACAGUGUCAUUCCAGAUAAAGGGUUAUAUUCAUUUCUGGCCCCUGUUAUAAUUGGGACAGUGUACCAUGAUCAGAAAUUACCAAAUCCCAUUCCAUUGAUGGCUCACUUGUAGUGCUAUCUCUGUCCUCCAUUCCAUGUACUCUGUUCACCCCCACCUGUGGUCUGUCUCCUCAUCUUUGCUCCAUUUUGCUUAUGCCAUCUACUCACUUCCCCCAUUACCAUGUUUCCUGAUGACUAGGCUCCUAAAAGUAACGGGUGGAAUAAACCAUCUAGACGGUAACUUGUAGAGCAGCUCAGGGUUCCAGUGCUGAAAAUAAUCCAAUGAAAAGAACUAGGAUUCUAAAAGAAGUCUAACAAGAAGGGGCUCCUGGCACAGAGCAGCACCUCACUCUCUCUUCUCUAUCUGUCGGGGGCUGGAUGGUCUUGAUGGCUAAAGACUAGGACACGUGGGUUCUCUUCCUAGUUCUGAGAUGGGAAUGUGGGCUAGUGGGCCAGAGGUACUGAGAAUAGUGAUUCCUGGGUUCUGGCCUAGCUCUGCCACUGACCUGCUCUGUUACUUUAGGUAAUUUCACUUCCCCGAUCCCUCCCUAUGCCUCAGUUUGUCCUUUGUAAAAUAAGGGAUAAUGAAUCUGACCCACCUGUCUGUGGGUUAUGAUGCUUAAUUCAAUAAUGUUCAUUUCUCUAAUGGAAAACAUUAAAGAAUGGCAAGUUA